UUCUUUGCAGCACAGCGCUUAACGCCAGAAGAUAUCACAAUCUGUGUUAUUAAGCAAUGAAACCCUUAGCGGGAUAGAAGGCGGACAUACUUUUUUGUUACUUUUUCUGCACAGUGGCGGUGUACCAUGGAGGGAUCUUUCAUUUGACAAAAUCUUACCAGGGUCUAUUUUCGUUUUUUUCGAGUUGUUCCUUCAUAAACGUGCCAGAUAAGUGUUUAUAGUCGAUCACAUAGCUAAACACACACGCACAUGCAGACACAAACGCGUAUAUACAUACUUUCUUUUGACUCUUUAGGUCAACGCCUGAACUGUUGAAUGUCUGAACAAAUAGAUACAUAUAGUUGUUUCCUCACUUUGCUUCCCCACAUGUUUGUCUUUGAAAAAGAAUAUACAGAACUGAAAAAUGCAAGAAAAAGGGUAAACUGAAUUAGCACACUUGUAUUUUUCAACUUUGUUUCUAUUAAAAAAAAAGAAACUUUUGGACAGGUUUGAACUUUGGCAGAAGAAGAAGUUCAUACUGUCCCCUCGCCAUGUCUGUCCAUCCAAGUUCUGUGGGUAGGAUCUUAUUUACAAAUUUGUCUUCAGUGGCUCAUCAGCACUUAUGCCAGUUUCUGUGGAGGGGCUGUCCCUGAGGGCACAGGACAUUCACAAAAGAGUUGUGACCUUUAUCCAAGAUAAAGUGGCACCCCUAGAACAAGAAAUCCUAACACAGGGGAAAGGGGAUCUAUGUAGUUUCUCCAGGCACAUUAAGGAGCUGCAGGUGCAGGCACGUGCACAAGGUCUUUGGAAUCUUUUUCUGCCUCUGGAGUCUGACCUUGAUGUCCAGUAUGGAGCAGGACUGACCAAUCUGGAGUAUGCCUUUAUCUGUGAGGAAAUGGGCAAAUUCCCCAUUUCUCCUGUGAUUUUCAACUGCAGCGCUCCAGACACAGGAAACAUAGAGACUCUAGUACGGUAUGGCACCACAGACCAGAAACAAAGAUGGCUAAUUCCUCUGCUGGAGGGCACCAUACGCUCCUGCUUUGGUAUGACUGAACCAAAUGUUGCUUCUUCAGAUGCAACUAACAUACAAGCUUCCAUUCGUCGUGAAGGCAAUUUUUAUGUCCUCAAUGGGCACAAGUGGUGGACAUCAGGAGCCAUGAACCCUGACUGCAAACUGUGCAUUUUCAUGGGAAAGACUGACUCUGCUGCUCCACGCCAUCAGCAACAGUCCAUGAUUCUUGUUCCUAUGGAUACACCAGGUGUCAAGGUGGUACGUCCACUGACAGUUUUUGGAUUUGCAGAAGAACCAGGUGGACAUGCGGAGGUCACUUUCACCAACGUUCGUGUUCCGAUUACAAAUAUUCUUCUGGGUGAGGGGCGGGGCUUUGAGAUUGCACAGGGUCGUCUUGGACCUGGGCGUAUCCACCAUUGCAUGCGCCUCAUCGGCAAUGCAGAGAGGGCGCUGCAGCUGAUGGUUGAGAGAACUAUGGACAGAGUAGCCUUUGGUAAACCUCUGGCCACGCAAGGAACCAUUCAGGCUGACGUGGCGACAUCCCGCAUGGAACUCGAGCAGGCGCGACUCCUGGUGCUCAAGGCAGCUCACAUGAUGGAUCGCUACGGUAACAAGGUGGCGGCUGCAGAAAUCGCCAUGAUCAAAGUGGUCACUCCCAACAUGGCGCUACGUGUCAUCGACCGAGCCAUUCAGGCUCACGGAGCAGCCGGUCUGCACAGUGAUCUGCCCCUGGCGGCCAUGUUUGCCCACGCUCGCACCUUGCGCCUAGCGGACGGCCCAGACGAGGUUCACCGCCGGACGGUGGCGCGAGUGGAGUUCACUCGCCGAAUGCGACAGCGCGCAGCCAAACUGUGAACACAGCUACUGCGAUCACGGAUUCUUCCUGACGCCAAGCUGAUCGGUCACCCCGGUUGAGGCCGAGGGCGCGUGGUGUCACGUGCUUCUUGACACGUGUCUGUGUGUGCGUACUCUCUCCUGCUCUACAAUGAAUGUAUUGUGACGUCUGUAUAGUCGUUGUCACACACGCAUGCCUCGCUUCCGCACAUCCAAGUUUCGCGAUGUCAUCAACCAUUCAUUCUGCUUUAUCUGGCCUAACUAAUCAGACAUUUGCUGUCACGUGGUGUCAUCCGUUACAUUUCAUGUGACGUGACCACCAUGGCUAUUGUGCAGAAAGUGCUAAGGACAGUAAUGGCAGUUUGUCGUGUGAGACGAUCAUCGAUAAGCUUGAGAAGGGAAAGAAUUGUAGUAGGCAUCAUCAUAUGGGUUAGAAACAGUGCUCAGACAAGUAACUAUCCUACUACAGGUCACUAGUUUCAUACAAAAACUAAAUUAAUCGCCAGCAGUGCACUGUCAGUUCACGGCCUGCACACAACUGGUGUAGGUCGUUAUUCUUAAUUUUUGUAUUUGUUCAACACGAUUGAAGUACAUGCUGCUACGUAUGUUUGUGUAUGUCGGACUUGUUAAAAUUCAAAUGAUA